GGGUGUUUACCUUCAGCGCGAGUGGGGACACGGCCAGGAUGCGGCCGGUCUUUGAUAGGAGUAAAGGGCCCCGCGCUGUUGGUUCUUCCUCCACCGCCUGGUGGACAUUUUCCCCCGUCAGGUGACCGUACGCCCGAGAGAUCGUGAGCGAUUUUGGGGGGAGGUGAGAGCUAAGAUGGAAGGAAUGGGUGAUUGUGCUGGUGCACAAGACUCACUGGGGGUUGAAGAUACGUACUCCAGCCCUGUUGGUGUUGCUGCUGAUGCUGUUGCUGGACCUGCAGUGUCUGGUGUUCAGCCGGUCCCCAGCCGAGUGCCUGCCUCUGACCCUGUGGGACCCACAGGGCAGGAUAUGUCUUCUGUUUCCAGGACGGAGGACUGGUCACGAGGUGACAGCGGCUUCGGCUCUACUGGGCCGCCUCAAGUCCACUGGACCACUGUCCUGACCAAAGACCAUCCUGAGAUGAUGUGUACCGUGACCAUGGCUGGUGCAACGCCAUCAGAGAUUCACCCUCACAGCCUCCUGGAUACCGGGGCCAACGUGACCAUUUUCUCCCUGGCAGCUUGGCCCCCGCAGUGGCCUUUGAGCCUGGUACAGACGCCUAUCCUGGCCUUAGGAGGAACGAAGCAAUGCUACGUGAGCCAGAAUCCCGUGGUCGUCACCAACCCGGAGGGACAGACGGCCAUGAUUUGGCCUCAUGUUACAGACACUGCUAAGUACCUCUGGGGGAGGGCUGUUUUGGCCAUGUGGGGGGUGCGAAUUAGUACGGAUUUUUGAUGGGGGCCACUGUGAUGAAGGGCGCAUAGUGUCCCACGCCUCCUUUAUGGUGGCUGGUGGACAAACCCAUCUGGGAGUAUCAGUGGCCCCUCCCUCAUGACAAGCUAGUCACCCUUCGUGAACUUGUACAGGAGCAGUUGGACCAGGGGCAUCUGGAACCAUCUACCAGUCCCUGGAACACUCCUGUCUUCUGCAUCAAAAAGAAGUCUGGGAAAUGGAGGUUGCUACAAGACCUCCGAAAAGUCAAUGCCAUGAUGGAAGGCAUGGGGACAUUGCAGGCGGGCAUGCCAUCGCCUACCAUGCUUCCCGCGGACUGGCCGGUCCUCAUUGUGGAUCGGAAGGAAUGUUCUUUUAUGAUCCCUCUGCAUCUCGAUGACAGACCAAAAUUUGCCUUCACAGUACCAACAAUAAACAAUGCCGAGCCAGCGCAAAGAUAUCAAUGGAAAUUUUUGUGAAAAAUGUGAAAUGAUUAAUUCAUGUUCUUAUAGUUAAUGAAAUAUUAUUGAAAACUAUAAAACUGUAUAUCUGUGUGUUAUAUAAAAAUGUAAGUUUCAGGACACCUUGUAGCAUUUGGCUAAACCAAAUUGUUGAAAAGGCAGGCGCCACCCGAGAAGCUCCCAUUCAGAAAGAGACAAUAGGCUUACGGGAAACCGACAGCCUCCUCAAGCACCGGCAGGAGACCCAUUGAGAUAAGGUGGCUGAAACAUCAAC